AUGGAUCUUCGCAAGAAGAAGAAGAAGGUCCUCCUCAUGGGGAAGAGCGGCUCUGGGAAAUCGUCGAUGCGCUCCAUUAUCUUCAGCAAUUAUGUCGCAAAGGACGUCCGGCGAUUGGGCGCAACCAUUGAUGUGGAGCACAGUCAUGUCAAGUUUAUGGGCAAUCUGACGUUGAAUUUGUGGGAUUGCGGAGGACAGGAUGCUUUCAUGGAAACCUACCUCGGCGGCCAGCGCAGCAACAUCUUCUCCGACGUCGCUGUUCUGAUCUACGUCUUCGAUAUCGAAUCGCGCGACGUCGAACGCGACCUGGACACGUACAACUCGGUCAUCGAGGCAUUGCACCAACACAGCCCCGGCGCGCAUGUCUUUUGCCUCAUCCACAAGCUCGAUCUGAUCCAAGCCGAGCAUCGCCAGCGGAUAUACGAAGAGCGCUCCGUCCUGAUUCGCCAUCGCUCCAAGUAUUUCGACAUUGAUACCUUUGGCAGCAGUAUCUGGGAUCAGUCACUGUACAAGGCGUGGGCGGGCAUUGUGCACAAAUUGAUUCCGAAUCUAUACGUGAUUGAGCGGUUUCUGAAUGCCUUUGCCAAGAAGAUUGAUGCCGAGGAGGUGAUUCUCUUUGAGCGAUCGACUUUUCUUACAAUCACAUCGUUUGCCUCUGAAAUCGGCAGUUUGAACCCCAUUUACGAUCGCCACGAGCGACUCUCGAAUAUCAUGAAAGCCUUUAAACACUGCGCUGCGCGUAACACGCACACCACCCCGGCGUCGGCGGGCUUUCAUGUCAUGCACACCAAGACACCACAGUUUAAUGUCUUCCUUGGCCAAUUUACUGACAAUACGUACAUUUUUGUUGUCGUGCCCCCGGGCGAGGCAUCCUACAACUGCGCCGUGCUGAACACAAUGCUUGCGCGGCAAGGCUUUGCAAAGGCUUCAUCUGGUCAUGGAGAUGGAUUCCCUCUGGCUGCGUCUGUAGGACAGUCUGUGAAUUCACCUGUCCUGAACGCAAACGGGUUUUCGACGCGAGCCGACGACUAA